CCAUGAAUCUAUUGAAAAGUAUUACGACUGCUUCGCGUUGCUGUCUUCUCGCCGCGCCUGCUGUUUCUGGGCUGCGGAGUGUGCCAAUCAGAGCACUCACGAUGACCCGCGACAAUUCGACUGCAUCAGCAGCGCUGAAGCGCCUGGCUGCAAGGAUUCCAGAUGGAACAUGGGACACUCACAUGCACGUAGUCGACCCUGUCACUUUCCCCUUGGCACCAGGGGCACAAUACGUGCCAGAAGCACACACCAUGGAGCAAGCAACUACCUUUCUAGACCAGCUGGGUAUCGAAAAGGCAGUAGUCGUGCAGCCCAGUAUCUACGGCAACGACAAUGGUGCCACGCUCUCCGGGUUGCAUGACCUUGGCACAGCUAAUGGGCGUGCCGUUGUCCAAUUCGAUCCAGCAGUAACGUCGAAGGAGCAGUUGCAAGCAUGGCACGAAGCCGGUGUCCGCGGCGUGCGCUUGAACUUCAAGAGCGUCGGCGCUGACCCUUCAGGUGCUGAACUGGAGGAGAGGCUCCGCACCUAUGCCGAUGCGGUGCGGCCAUUUGGGUGGGCACUUGAUCUGUACAUAGGGGUGGAAAAAGUGCCACUGCUGGAGAAGUACAUCAACGAUCUAGGCGUCAAGGUGAUACUGGCGCACUAUGGGCAUCCAUCCAACGAGACUCUGUCGACGGCCGUGUCGGCGGAGCAGGUGCCGGGCUUUGACGCGCUGGUAAGGGUUUUGCAGAAGGGCAACGUCUGGGUGAAGCUCUCUGGCAAUUAUCGACUUUCUCGCGACCCAGACAACGCGCUCGUUGAGUCACUGGGGCGGGCAGUGAUACGCACUCGCCCUGAUCGCUGUCUGUUCGCUACAGAUUGGCCGCACACCCGCUUCGAGGACCUCGACGUGGCGCCGUUCCUGGGGCGCGUGCUGGACUGGAUAGAGGCCGAGGGAGCGAGCGUUACGCAAGUCCUGGUCGAUAACGCGCAGACCGCUUUUGAUGCUCGAUGAACAUGUUGAUACGGCCUACAGCUGCCACUUGAUGCACAGCGAUGUUGAUGUAGUAUAUUCCGUAGUUGCCGAUGGUUUCCUAGUCGAGUGAACAGACCUCACAGCCGGUGCUCGGAGCGGGAAUGAUCCUCCGAACUGCUCCGUUGCCGCGCUCUAGAAAAGUUGACGCU